AGGAGACUCUUUACCAGAAGCAGUGGGAGAGAGAACCUGGUGGAGGAGAGAGGAGCUUCUGGAAGGCUGCGGGACCUAGGAUCUGACUGGAUCACCCACCGCACAGGUCAACUCCUUGGGCAGGGAGCUUGGCUCAGAACUUGGGGCUUCCUGUGCAGAAGCAUGAGCAGUAGUACAUCCAUUUUCCUGCCUGUCCCUCAGCAGGACAACUCAGGCUUCUGGAGAAAUUGGGAAAGAUUUCCAGCUGGAACCAAUCAGCAGAUCCACCCCCUGCUACUUGCCCCCGUGGCCCAGAAAAAACAGCCUCUGUCUCUGCACUCUCAUCCUUCCUACAGGGAGAGCAAACUCCACACCUGUGCUGGGUACAAAGGUUCCAAGGACUCACAGGAAGACGUCCUCUACGUCUCGGAGAACAUGGCAACCUCGGCCAAUGAGGAGAAGCUGUUUUUGCUGAACAAGACUACAGAGCUCCGGAGGCUCAACCACAACGGAGGCUCCAUGAAGGAGAUGGGCUCUCCUAGGUCUCUAUCCAGCCUGCAGAUGUCCAAGAAGCCCCUUCUGCUUUUGAAGCUGAAUCUGGAUUGGGACCAGAUCUAUCGCAUGUAUACCCUGCAAAUGCAGCAGAAGGUGAAUGCUCUGAAGAUGGAGGUGGCCGGCCUCAACAAGUGCACCGAGCGCCUGAUCAGAAAGCUUGAACAUGAGGAGAACAAGAAGGAGUAUUAUAAGCGAAUCCUUCUCCAGGAGUAUCAAAAGAACCAAAAACUACUGGAACACAUGAGACAACUUGAGAGUAAACUGUACCAGAAAAAGGAGAGACGGAUCGUGGUGAAUUUCUUAGAAGACUAUGAUACUUUUUCAACCCCACUGACCAGAAAGGGUUUAAAGGACAAAGGACAGAAGAUCGUGUACUGUGGGCAUCGGCUGGAUGUCCCCAGCUUGGAGAAAGAGACUGCCAUGUUUGAAGCGGAUCCUCUGAUACAGUACAAAGACGGGGAGUGGAUGAAAGCCGAAAAUGAAAAUCUGUGCAAGAAGGAAAAGGAGAUAAGGCAGCAAAUAUCAAUUCUGCAGGAAGAGCUCAAGAUGUUUGAAGAUGACCUUUGGAAGGAGCACUGCGACAGGCAAGUGUCCCAACAGCUCCUGAACAAUUCUCAGGGCGCCAGCACCAUGGAUAAGGCCUGUGAGUGCAAAGUCAAGGAAAAGCUGACGGCUUCCGCCAUAGUCAACUCUUCCUGGCGCAAGCCAGGCAGCAGCAGCAAGCACUACGAGCCCCAUAUGCCGAAAUGCGAUGAGGGCGCCAAACUCUACAAGAAGCCUGAGCCCGUAGCCCAGGUGCCCUUCUCUUACCUAGACUAGUAGGAAGGCCUCUGGGGAGCUCCCCCAUCUCCCCCCUCUAUCUUCCUCAAAGCUUAGGCAAACAUCUCUAGAUUGUAGGGCACUAACUUUCGAGUGCCAGCCUCCCGGGAGGAAGUGCUAAUAUAGACAGAGGUCAUUUCGGUCCUGGCCAGAUGGGGCCAAGGUCAAGAGUGGGACGAGCUACACGAGCAAAGUCCCUUGGCCAGAUUUGAGUCAUCUUGUUUGAACCAUGAGUUAGACUUGAACUCACUUCCUCCCCACCCAAAGGCUGAAAAUGCUCCUAGCUUAAGGCAUUAUAUUCUGGGACAGGAAAGCCGACUGUGGACAGAGUAUGGCUCCAACUGCAGCAGAAGCAGUAGAAAGAAAAUGAGCUCCCAUUAGCUAGAGGACCGUGUCAUAGAAAAAUAAACUAGCAGGGAAGGGAAGGCAGUAUCUUCAGAUCUAUAGCUUGGGGGAGAAUUCAUAGCUAAGUCAGACAUAGAGGAGAUCACAAUAGAUAAAAUAGACUUUCGUUUUGGAUUAUAUGAACUUGAAGUACUUUUGCACCAACAAAAUCAACAUAAGAUUAAAAAGAGAAACUACCAUUAGGGAAUAUGAUAUUCAUAGUAUACAGCUCUGAUAAAGGUCCAAUAGCUUAGAUUUAUAUAGAACUGAUACAAAUAUAUGAGAACAAGAACCAUUCCGCAAUAGAUAAAUGGUCAAAGACUAGGAACAAAGUUUUCGGAUAUAAUGUAAACAAACAAGGACUCUGAAAACUGCCCCAUAGCACUAAGAAGAAGAGAAAUGACCAUCAAAACAACUCUGCAUUUAUAUGUGAUCAGAGAGGAUAAAAGAUGGAAAUUAUUAAGGUGGCUAUGAUGGGGCUAUUAUAGGUGGCUAUUAUGGGGCUAUUAUGGGUAAAAAAAAAAGUGAAAAAAGGGAAGCUGGGAAUUGGGUCUUAGAACUCUGUUAAAAAUAUCUAGUCAUUUAGAUGCUUUGACACAGUGAUAUUAUUUUGAUGACCAUUUAGCAUAAGAUCAAUGAUUGAGGGAAAGAUCCCGAACAUAAUCAAACUAUGACACGAUUACCUUUUGUUGUAGCAAGAAACAGGAUAGAUGCCCAUCGCUUGAGGAAUGGUUGUACUAGCUGUAGUGUGUGAAUGUAACAUGUUAUUUUUCUGAAAGAAAUGAAUUUGAGAAUCACUAGGGAUUUUGAAUUGAACUUCUCUCUUAAGUUGUCUUUCGUAGAGCCUUGGUUAUCAGGUUAUCUCCUGGAAGUGGAGGUUCUCUCACCAUUUCUCUUUAGCAGCCCUAAUUUUCAGAACAAUUAAGCUUCACUCCAGCCCUUCAUUCACCCGGUGAAAGGGGAAGCCAUGUUCUUUUUUAUUUUUCUCUCUCCUGUCCGCCCCUCCCCUAAACCUCCACCAAUAUUUUUAGUUAAUGACAGCAAGAACAACAAAUAAAGAAAAUUAAGUAUAGUGAAAAAGUUG